ACCAUCUACAGCGCUGGCUCUCAAUCAACCUACUACGAUCGCCGGUAUCGUCAGGGCGCUGCCCUCGUCCGCGCCCGCAGGCCGUACCUCGUCAAGAAUGCCGUCACUGGUCUCGGGCUCUUUGCCUUUGUCUCUGCAGUUUACGCCUACACCCUGACCAGGGUCGGCCAGGAUGAAUUCGACGACGUCAAGGUUCCCGAUACGCCGCGCGCGCCGAGUGUUUCCAAGUAA